AUGAGUUUAUCGCAGACAACUCGUACCCAUGGAAACAUAUUUCAUCAACGAAGACCUUCCUUGACAACAUCUUGUCCGCCACCGGACAAACGAAAGAGCUUUGAUUUGAAUAAAAGAAGGGGCAGCAGUCAAUUUGCGCUCAAGACAACAAACAAAAGAUCAUGGGCCACCAAGGUCUUUGACAUGCCUGUGAUUCAGCUGGUAGGAUGGACCUAUGUGCUCAUCUGUUUUUGCCUGUCGACCAUCCAUCUUGUGAGGUCGUUCGCAUUGCUGGAUCCUACUCAUUCUGCAAAAGGACCUCAAGUGGAUUGGGAUAAACUACUCAUGGAAAAACAGCAAGCGACACCGUGGUCUCAAUUGGACGACAUAUUACCAGAAACCCGUCUAUCGAAAAUGUUUAGCAAAUCCAUUGUGAAUAACGGAUUCAUUCGUCCUUAUUGGUUUACUGCAUCCAUACGACCUCCAAAAGAGACGUUGACUCUAGCCACGGUUGUGGAAUUGCGAGACUUGGAACAUUUGAUCCACCUAGCAGAGAUGUAUGAAGGUCCGAUUUCAGCUACAUUGCUCGUUCCAUCGACCGAAAACAUCAAUCAUGAGCUAUCAAUUCAACAACUGACAAACAUUCGCAACGAAUACGAAACUACAAUUGCAUUGAAACGCCAUGUGGACAUCCAUCUUGUGCUUCAACCUGGUGGUCUUUUAGAAAGUGGGCAAGUGAUUGCCACAGGAGGAUACCAAGAAGCCCGUAAUUUAGCGCGUCUGUUUAGUCGCACAAAUUAUGUCGCACUUGUACCUGUGGCAACAUUGUGGAUGACCGACAUUGCUCAAUCAUUCAAAAGCCAUUUCCAUUUACUACAAGCAGGUGAUUUGUUAGUGAUUCCUACCUUUGGAUUUCCGAAUUAUGAGGGAGUGGAUACCAGAUCAUGGCCGAUUGAUAAGCAGUCGGUGAUUGAGUGGGUCGAAGGUGGCGACAUGGGCUUGUUGGACUAUAAUUACGAGCUAAACAAUGGCCCUACGUCUUAUUCGACCUGGAGAGAUGCCAAGGAGCCAUAUCUAGUGCCUAAUUACGACUACAAUUAUAGCCCCAUUUAUAUUUCGACAAAGCUGAACCAUCCUUGGUGUGAAGAGCGAUUUGAAGAUCAUCUGGCCUCCUGCGUUUACAAUGCUUAUUUAGCUGGUGCUAAUUUAUGGGUCAGCCAUACUGAUUUCGCAGUGAGAACGGGGCAGGAACCAGCAGAUACGUUGUACACACCACAGCAACGCAAAAUUCAAAACAAGAUUGCUCGCAAAUAUCGCAUUGAACAAUGUGUAUUUUAUGCUCGACAGUUUGACCAAUCUGGCACAUUUAGCUCGGAAAGAGCAGAGCAUGUCAAGCAAGAGUGCUCCAAGGCACUAUUGAGCUUGCAAAAGGAAAAGAUGAUAUCUGAUAUUGUUGCAGCUGAGCAGCCAGAGUAUUGA